AUGAGGGCUCUCUCGAGUGCCGCCCUCGGUGCACCGUCCACCAGUGCACCGGGAGACGACCCACCACCCGCGGGUGCGCCGCCAGGGGGCGCGUCUCGCGAUGCUCUCCCGGCGGCCGAUUCGAGCGGCGAGCCCAAGCCCCUCGCCUCGGCCGUCCAGCACCACCAGCGCGCGGGCGACACCGACCACGACUCGCAGCACGACCACGUCCGCCGCCUGCACGCCCAGCUCGACGCCCACUUCCACCUCGAGCAGCAGCCCUCGCCCGAGCUGGACGACCUCGAUGAGCCCCUCUUCUUCGCCGCUCGCCGCCGCGGCCGCUCCGCCGACCCGGUCAGCCCCGCCGCCGACGACUUGCCUCGAGACGGCGCCACCGGCGCGGCGACGGCGACUCGCAGGGCCCAGCAGCGGCCGGCGUCGAGCUACAUCCCGGCGUCGGCCUGGUCGAGCCACCUCUCGCAGCUCGCGCUCGCGCCGCGCAAAUCGACGACGCGGGCGUCGUCGGCGUCGCCAUCAGCCGCGUCGCGCAGCCGCAGCGGGGCCAGCGACGAGCGCGAUCCGGCCGGUGGUCGAGCGCAUGCAGCGACCGAGUCGGCAGCGCCGGCCGCCCCCACUCGGGCGCGCUCGUCUUCUGCAGACGGGCCAUUCGCCGCCGUCGCCGCCAAGGGUUCUUCGUCCCGUCUGAAUCGCGCCUCGCCCGCCCCGCUGUUCCGACACUCGCUCCGCCUACCCUUCCUUCCCCCCAUCCCGGCGUCCCCACUUCCCUCGACCGCCGUCUCGCCCGGCCUCACUCGCUCCGCCUCGUCGCCGCCCAUCCUCCCCGACAUCGCCCUCGGCGGCCCCCUGUCGCCCUCGUUCGCCCUCGUCCCACCGACCGCCCCGCUCUCGCCGCCGGCCGCCUGGCCCAACGGCGACGACGCGGCUGCCCGGGACCACGACGCCGGCACAACGGCCCGCGUUCCCCCUCCCCUCGUCUAUCGCUCCUCGACCUCGGCCUCUGCGCCCGACCUCUCCCUCUUCUCGUACGCCCCGGUCAGCGAGGCGUCGUCGUACUUUUCGUCGCCCGCCCCAACUGCCGCCUCGUCGCCCACCGCCGCGACCGUCCCCCUCCCACUCGCCGGCGCCGCCCUCGCCCUCGGGCCCACCUCGUCCUCUUCGACUCGUGCCGCCUUCGAGUACGACUCGGACCUCGUCGCCGACGACGUCACGGCGGCGGCAGCCGCGCUCGCCGACGCCGACGCCAAGGAGCGAGCCGACGCGGCCCAGCUCGACGAGCGCCGGUACCACGCUCUCGUCGAGCUCGUCGACACGGAGCGCGGCUACUUGGAACAUCUGCGCGUCCUCGUCCAGGUCUACUUCCGCACCCUCCCGUUCCUCACCGCCCUCACGGCCGCCGAGGUCCAGACCGUCGUCGAGCGCGAGCUCUCCAUCUUUGCCGACGAGGCGUCAAGCUUCGUCCUGUACCACGAGUUCUGCGCUCGUCACGCCGAGGCGCUCGACAUCACUCGCUCGGUCGCGUCGAGGCCCGAGUGGGAGGCGUUCGAGCGUCAGUGCGCCGCUCGUGUCGCCCUCGACGGCGGGCGCGGCGACCGGACGCCCAUCGCGUCGGCAAACUCGUCGGGCUUCUUCCCUCCCGUCUCGGCGGCCACCUCGGCGUCACCUCUGCCCUUCUCGGCAACGCCCCUCGCGACGCCGAGCCACUCGUCCGGCAGCGUGCCGACUAUGGCGUCCCUCGUGCCCUCUGCGGCGUCGUCGAUCAGCCGCACGUCGCGCCUGCGCUUCGUCGACUACGCCAUCGCGCCCGUCCAGCGCGUGACGCGGUACCCGCUCGUGUUCGGCCAGCUCGCCAAGUUCUUUGUCGGCUCGCCCGAGCACGCCGACCUCACGUCCACCUGGACCGCGUUCAAGCGGGUCGCGCAGGGCGUCGACGCGGCCAAGCGUGAGCGAGAGGGCGAGAUGCGCACCAAGGUCGUCGCCCGCCGCAUGGAGUUCAACACGCCGCUCGUCGGCGGCACGUUCUGCGACAUCCUCGGGCCGACCCUCCUCGUUGGUGCGCUGCACGUCGUCCACUCGGGCGGCCCGCUCGCCCCGCCUGCGCCAAUCGCGGCGACCGCCGGCGUGCAGCAUCCCGGCGAGGUCCUCAAGGUCAAGUACCUCGGCUGUUUCCUGUACCGGUCGCACCUCGUCAUGGCCAAGGUCAAGAAGCGCGCGAGCUACGAGCCCAAGGAGUGGCUGCCGCUGCGCCUGUUCGACAUCCAGGGCGUCGACGACGGUCAAGGCCUCCUGUCGCACAGCAUCCGCCUCAGCUAUCGCGACCACCAGUUCGAGCUCGGCGCUCUCUGCGACGGCGAGCGCAGCGUCUGGCUGUCGCAGCUCCUUGCCGCCCAGGCCGACGCUCGGCGCAUAUGGGACACGCAGGACCGCGACGAGCACGGCAAGCCGACGUUGUUCGACGACUCGGUCGUGUCGAGCGUCGCGACCGACGCCGCCGUCGCCCAGCGCCGGUCGCACUCGCGGUCGGCAAGCUCGAUCUCGGUCGUGUCGACGUUCGGCGGCUCGAGCAGCAGCCACGCGCCGUCGUCGUCGAGCAGCCCUGUCCUCGUGCAGGAAGAACCCGUCCCGCCCGUCCCGAUCGAGUACGCCGAGCUCGUCAAGACGCCGUCGCCCUCGCCUCCUGCCGCCGUUCUCUCGACCUCGGCACCCCUCGCGCCCGUCCUCUCGCCGCCAAGCAGCACCCUCACGCUCGCGACCACACCCACCCUCGCCUCGCGCUCUCGGUUCUCGAGCACGGCGUCGUCCCUCCUUCUCGGCCGCACGCCCGCCUCGCAGCGUGCGGCCGUCGACCUGCGCCUCGCCGACGUCUUCUCCGAGGAGUGUCUCUCGGCCCGUGCGCAGGCGGCGCGAGAGGUCGAGCUCGAGCGGGCGGCAUCGCUCGCAAGUCGACGCUUCCGCACCAUCUCGGGCCCGAAGCGCAGCAUGACGACGCUCGCGCCGGCUAGCUCGCACAGCUCGUCAGCGUCGCCGCCGUUCUCGUAG